AUGUCGUCGCGAUUUCUGAAGUCAUUCAGUAAAAUAUCUACGCAUCGUCGAUGUGACAAUUGUGGUAUUACAAUCGAUUACGUAGUUUGGAAACAAUGUACAAUAUGCGAAGUUUUUGAUUUAUGUCCUACAUGCGCUGAACUUGAUUAUGCUGAACUAUUACCUGGAACUCAUAGUCGUCAUGAACGCUGGCAUCGAACACUAUCAAAAACUGAGCCAAUAACUGACGAUUGUUUGAAAUGGUUAUUGGUUGAACAAGCUGAAAAAAACGGGAAAGAAGCUCGAAAGAAAAUAAAACAAAUGAAAUAUGAGCAGAUACAAAAGGAGAAGAAAAUUGAAAAUGAUUAUGAACUGUAUAUUGUUACGGAAAAGUUAAAGCAACUGGGAAAUGAAUCAUCGACAUCCUCCCAAGAAACAGAGUUGAAUCAAUUAAACUCAUUAAUCGCAGGAUAUCAUUUACAAUCAUUUCAACGAAACAUACGUGUGCUCAGCUUAGACGGUGGUGGUGUACGCGGUUACAUGCCUAUCAAAAUUCUUGCUCAACUUAUAACAGAAAAAUUUCUCUCUAGUUCUGAGCAAUUUAACCCCAAUGAUACAGCUUACAAGGAACGAUUUAAAACGGCUCAGUUGCGCUUUACGGAUCAGUUUGAUUACUUGAUCGGUACUAGUACUGGUGGAAUCAUCGCCUUUUGUUUGGCUGCGAAUUAUAAUAUAUUGGACGCGAUGGAUAUCUAUGCAAAUUCUUCUCACUAUUUUAAGCGCAACUAUUUGGGACCUUUAAUCUAUUCCAAAUAUGAUCCAUCUCGUAUUCAUCAUAAGAUUGAUGAGAUAAUCAAUGGAAUUCAACUCAAAGAUGGUACACGAUUAUCAGCUGAAAGUGCUACUUUACUUGAUAUCCGUAAUCUUUUAAAUCCUGACAAUACGAUUGAUAAUGAAGAAUCAGCAUCGGUCUUUCCAUUACGUAGCAAUUCCUUAGAAUUUAUUGAUGACAAGAACUUUGUAGAGGAGCCAGAGUCCACUGAUGAAAUUGGCAAUUUUCAUCGCGCCAGACGUGAAAAAGUAUUACUGAUUACUGCGUACAAUACAACAACAGACAGCAUGACAAUAUUUAAUACAAGUUAUGCUAAGCAUUGGGGUUAUCGAAUUGCAGAUGUAUUAAAGGCUACUAUGGCCGCUCCAACUUAUUUCCCACCACAUGAGAUAUGGAGUGGAACGAAACAUCAUGGACAUUUUAUGAAAGAAGGAACACCGGAAUUAUAUAUUGAUGGUGGUGUGUUUGCCAACGAUCCAGAAUUAGCUGCGUUAUGGGCAAUACGAAUGCAAUGGAAAAAACCAGUCAAUUAUCAUUUACUUUCGAUUGGCACAGGCUGUUAUAAUACAACACUAUCGUCAUCUACUUGGGGCGGUUAUUUGGGAUGGAUAUUUAAUAAAGGAUUCUUAAUCAAUACUUUAAUGGAUGCAACACGUAGUUUCAUCGAGACUAUUGCUAACAAUUUGGCCAAAUUCCAUGAUGUCAGACGAAUGAAAUUAAAUUAUCAAAUAACAAAAGCGAUGGCUUUAGACGAUGGCAGUUUUGUAAAUAAAUUCGAUCAAGAAUGGGAAACUUUGAAAACGGGAGAAGAUUACAAAGCAUUGGUUUACUUUCAUGACACAUAUAUAGCGAUAUAGAAUGAAUCGAACAAAUAAUCCAAAAUUCUAUGUCAUUUUUUGUCAUAUUUCCUUCUCUUUCUCAAUUUAUUGCGUUUGAUUACUAACAGUGACAAAGAUAAACUUGACGUUUUUCUGGUACAUCUCAUAUUCUGAAAGCGUACUUUUUUAUUUUGAGGCUGAUGCGGUUCAUGAGAACAAGUUCGAAAGAGUUGGUUUCUAACUAUAGAAGAAAUCAGUGAAAUCGGAUUUGAAAUUGAAAGAACAUUGACAAAUAUACAAGGUAGAAAGAGUGAAAUCCUACAAUUCGAGAAUCCUAUAGAAUCCAAGGAAGUUCCAGAUAAUUUUCAAGAAUUCUAGAGAAUUUUUCAGAUUUUCCGGAAUUCUUAAGCAUCCUUGGGAAUGGGGGGGGGAUCAAUACAAUUCUAGGAAAUUCUUUGGACUUCUAGAAGAUACUAUAGAAUCUUGAAGUCUAAAGUCUAAAAGUCCUUAGAUGUACUUCUAUUGCAGGAAAACCUGUUACCAUAUAUCAACAAUGAACGUAGCAUUAUCAAUAAUAUUUUUCAUAGCGUCCUCAUUCAUAAUUUCCUUUUCUCAAAUCUUCUGAAGGUGGGUAUCUGUCUUCUUUGCAUUUAUAUCCAAAGCUAUAGCCACCCACAACGUUGCCCACGUCCACACGUACAUCAACAUUGGCAUCCAUAGCCACAUCCACAAUGCACAUCCAUACCCGCACCCACAUUGACACCCAAACAUCCAUUUCUCCUGCAAUCUGGAGAUCAGUUAGCUUUAAACAAAAGAACUGCGAUGUUGUGUUGAGUGGUAUGUGCGGGUCUGUGUUUGGUAAGGAAAAUUUCCUAGAAGCACUUUAUCCAAUGAGCAAGAUAUGUUCUACCAUUCUCCGUACUACAUACGUUAAUUUAUACGAGAUAAUUUCUCAAGAUAUACCACAUUUCAUUGACAUACUAUUUAAUACAUGCCUAUAACUUGCCACUCGAAUCUAAUCGAGUAUUACGACAUACUCGAUCAAUGAAGAAUCGAGGCCACAAUAAAACUGUUUUUUUGGCAUAUGAAAUCUUCUUGAU